AUGUCAUCUAAUCAAACUCACAGUCCAAUACCAGAAACUGAAGAAUGCUAAAGAAUGAAAAUGUUUUAAAAAUAUAAUAAACUUAAAACAUGGCUGGCUGUAAUGACUUCUUUGAUGCUUGCUACCUCUUCAAUUUCUCUAACUAUAUACUUUAGGAUUCUCCAAAAUUUUUUAUCGGACUACGAAAUAAUCUUGCCUGCUUUGUAAAUCGAAAAAUUCAACUACAUUUAUUACAUCGCUGGUUUAAUAAUAACUCUUGUACUAUUUAAUAUAUGCAUAUUUAAAGCAUCUCUAUCUGCUUUCACUUCAAAUCCAAUUUUUUCAAAUCGCUCUAACAGCAACACUAAAUUUAACCUGCUAGGAUAUUUCUUCCUAGCAAUUUUUUUUUGCUUGUCAUUGCACUCUUUUCUUAGUGAGGAACAAAGUAUCUUGCAACAGUCUGAAUAUAUUAUCAACUUAAAGAAUCAAACUUAAACUUAGAGCAAUCCUUCUGCCGCAAACGAUUACUUACAAACUUUUUUUCCUAAUCUAAAUUCUUAUUCAAAUUUCUAUCUUUUUUACAAGAAAGUCUCUUUUUGCCACAAAUUAUAGCCCUACAUCACAAUAUUAUUAUUAAUUAUUUUAAUGAUCUAACAAUUAUUUGCUACUGCGAUUGCUACUUUGAGCUCGUUAAUUUAUGAAAAAAGAAAUUUAGCUGGCCUCGAAGAGAUCUUAGUUUAGUAAUUUACAUAAAACUGCUGA